AUGCUCGAUCUCGGAAAACCUCUGGAAUUAGAAACUCGCCGACGUUCGGCUGCUGUACCUCAGACAUUACCAUCUGUACAUCAAAAUGUGCCUGUGGUUGAGAACUCAAUGAAGUUAGAAUCAUCUAAAACAUCUGGACCUGUUACUAUCAACAUGCGGGUUUCUCGACAAAAUCAACCUAACAAAGCAUUAUUUAACGGGAAUCGAUCUAAUGUGACUGAUGAUAACCCAAUUCCAUAA